GGUUUGGGAGGUAGAUGCAUUGCCAGGCACUUCAGCAGCGGCGGUGGGAUCUGCUCAUGGCUUGAGCUGCUGCGGACCGACACAGCAAUGCUCCUCAACCGCUCAGAUGCAAAGGAGGAAGGUGCGUCUGAUGGAAGACUGAGAAUUCUCGCUGGAUCAACCAUCACCGAUAAUCACUGUGUGUGUGUGUGACUUUCCAGAUCCAGGGGCGGCGCGCGACGCUGCUGAAGUAGCCAAGGCAGCUGCGCCGUCGGCCGAUGCCGGCAGUGCAAACACAGAUGGGCCCGCUCAGUAACAAGACGACACGCUGAUCUCGCUGCAGAUCUCUGCUCAUCGCCUGGCUGGUUAAUCUGUUGUCGUCGGGUCGUUGGGCGUAUAGGAUGGACAUAGAGGAUCUGUCGGCGGCGUUGGAGUUCUCGUCGCGGCUGCCUGAGGGCGCACCGUACAAACGAUGGAAGACGCCCAGAGGCCUGUCCGUGACCGGUAGACGCCGGCAAGAACGGGCGACGGACGGCUCAGUGCAGAUGCCUGUGCGUUGUGUGUGUCGCCUGUGGGUGUGGUCAGACAUGUCGAGUCAGCUUUGGUGCGAGAAACAGGCAGAGUUCGUGCUGGAAACAGGUAUACGGGCGGCUAAGGAUCCAGUGGGUGUGUAUGUGUAUGUGUAUGUGCGUGUGUCACACAGGCAUCAAGCGCCGCACGGCGGCCAUGAUUGCGGGCACUGCCCGGCACGACGAGCUGGAGCGACUCGACCACGACAUAGAGGAAAUAGAAGUACGUCCACGCACGCAGACCCCGCGAGCACCCUCCCACACGUGGUUGAUCUCUGUGUGUGUGUGGAUGUGUCAGGUUGAGACCGCCGAGGACCAGCUGGGCGUUCGGCUGUGGAACGCCCUCAUGCUCAUCACCCAAGUGUGUCGCAAGGGGGAGGCGCGGGAGAUCCCCGUCUUCGGCGUCAUACAGGGGGCCUUGUUCAGAGGCAUCAUCGACGAGGUGCGCUGCGAGCACCACACACCACACACCACUGCAUCCACGACACACACACUUGCGCGUGUGCCGUCCGUCUAUCCAGGUUCGCAUAGUUGAGGAGAGCUUCAAAGGCCGCUGCGGGCGGUGGACGGUGAUAGGCGACACCAAGACAAGGCGGCAGGAGACCAUGCCCUCCAUGUCGCAGCAACAGGGGUCGGCCUUCCAGCUGCAGCUGUCAGUAUAUCCCCUCCCCUCCCCUCCACACACACACACACACACAGAUGACCGCCUCCACCAAGGAAGCUCUUUGUGUGCAGGUACUACCGUCUGUUGAAGGACCUGCGUGACGGCGUGACGCCGAUCGAGCCCAUGCUACAGUCAUGGGGCGUGGCCUUCGAGGGACGCUUCAAGUCCGACGCGCUGACUUCAUCCUUUGAGUCCAUCGACGAGCUCUGGCCCGCUGUGCUCGAAGCGGCCGCUGGCCUGCCCGAAAUCCGGCCAGGUACACAGGCACCAAGUGGGGGCCAACGGUGUCUGUCGCUUCAUGUGUGUCUGUUUCCCUCACAAAUCAGAGAUGGAGGUGGCGUAUGACUUCAACGGCAAGGAGUUCCACCGAUCGAGGAUCCCUUACGCCGAGCGGGCAGUCAUGUUCCAGCUGCGGGAGCUGCUGCAGUGGUGGAAGGGCGACAGACACGCCGAAGGUUGGUGGGCCUUGUACCUGGAUCGAUGCACGAUCUCUCUCUCUGUCUACCUCUCUUCAUGAGAUGUCUCUGUUAUGCAUGCAGGUGUGCAGCCGCGUGAGGCGUGGAAGUGCCGCUACUGCGACUUCUUGCUCGGCUGCCCCCUCACACCACUCACCGCCGAGCAGAUCAGCGAAGAAAUCGCCAAGCGCACACAAGAACUCGAGCAGCCACAGCAGCAAGAGCAAGAGCAGCAGGAGGGCGCAGCUGCUGUCGACAACAACAACAACAUCAACACCGACAAAGGGCCGGAGAGCGCGCCGCAGCUAGGCGGCCCCAACGACUCCCCAUCCGACAAACCACAGGCCGACAAACGGCCGGAUGCGCCUCACCCCUCCCCCUCCCCAGCAGCAGGCGCUGCAGCCGCCACGCCAUCCACUGGAGAUGGCUCGUCAGCCAGUGGCCCCCAACCACCACGACCACCCCAAGCAGCAGCAGCAGUAGGUGGAGUGAGGCGCGUCAAUCAAGUCCGAGGCCCACACCCCCUGCCGCCGCCGCGAGGGGCGGGCGGUGUGCCGAGGGGUGUGCCGAGGGGUGUGCCGGGGAGGGGCAUGGUGCCUCGGAGGCCACCGCCCCCUCCGAACCUGCAAGCGCCGGCAGCUGUUGGAGCGCCUCCAGAGGCAAACGAUGGCAGGGGUCGUGGCGUGAUGCAGAGGGGGAGGGGAAGGGCGGGUUAUGGGAAUGGGAGGGGGUUUGUCAACAGACCUGUGAGGCCACCGUUUGCCGCCGCUGGCGGCACAAGAUGACUCAACUCUAUGAAUGGACGGAUGCGUGGAUGGAUGGGCGUGUUGGGUGCUAGCUUUGAUGUGUGUACACAGAGACAGACGGACAGACAGACAGACAGGCAAGCACCAGAUGCCGUGCGGACCUGUAUGUGGCUGCAGGUGCCGCAACAGGGUGGGUGUACAGCUAGGCAGCUAUAUGGAUAUGGCUGUUGCAUCACGUGUUCCUUCUGACAGGGAGGCAGUACUGAAAAGGGUGUGCAAAUCG